GAGGAGAGAGAGAAUGUGUGACUGACUGAACAGUCUGGCCCCACCAAACUGGCUUGUGGUUCAGUCUUCAGAUUUCUUUGUGGGGGUGGCAUCUACAUUUGCACCCCACCAUUAUCAUCAUGAUAUUCUGGAUACUCGCUGCUCUCAGCUUCAUUCAAGCUGCUGAAAUAACAGAAAACAAGAUUUUAGUGGAACAGCCACCUCGAAUCAUGGCAGCUAAUGAAAAUGCUACCUUGGCUUGCAAAUAUGCCUAUAAUGGAACUGGGAACGAAUUCAGAGCAUCACUGAAUAAAGGAACAGACAGAGCAGUUGAAGUCUGCUCUGUUUCCUGGAAUGGUUCCUUCCAUAACCAUCAUUCAAAUAAAGAUUUCAACUGCCUUGUUGCAGUUGAUAGCAAUAAAAAGGAAGUGAAUUUCAGUCUUUGGAAGCUGAAUACUGACCAAACAGAUAUUUACUUCUGCAAAAUUGAGGUCAUGUUUCCACCUCCUUACAUCUCCAAUGACAAGAGCAAUGGGACUGUCAUUCACGUGAAAGAGAAGCUCUUCCAAUUACCAGUAUUUCAAUCUGCAACACCCUUUUGGGCUGUGGUGGUGACUCUUGGAUUUCUGGCUUUCUACAGUGUGCUAAUAACUGCGGCAUUUGUUAUCUGCUGGUGGAAAAACAAGAAGAACAGAAUCUUGACGAGUGACUACAUGAACAUGACGCCACGCCAUCCUCCUGGUCCAAAGAACAAGCAUUAUCAACCCUAUGCACCAACUCGGAUACACACGGAAUACCGCUCUUGGGAACCAUGACUAUCUGCUUACCAAGCUGCUAAUAUCGCUGGUGUGCUUUUACUCUGCCACGUGCACUUCGACGUGAAAGGACAGCCUGCCAUUAGUUUGUCAUAUCUGUUAUAUUUGAUGACAUCAUAGCAAGUACCGGUCAAACUUAAAACUGUGUAAAAGUAGGUUGUUUUCUAUGAUGGCUGAAAACUAGCUACAACUCAUGUUCAAGCUUGAUGGUGGGUAAGGGGGAAAGAUAACACUGGAUCCAGUACAGGGUAUAUUGUUCACCGUUGCAACUACCAAUCUUUCCCAAUCACUUUUGCCUUAUAUUGAACAUUAAUUUCUAGUCAGAAGUAUGUUUAACUUGGAGAAUUAUAAAUCUCUGAAAUACAGUCCUAAUUGGUUACCAUUACAUAUGGUACCAAGCAAACUGUUGAUGUAAAAAUUGGUCCCCUCUCACUUCAAAGAGGAGAACCCAGUUUCAAGUUCCAAACAUGUGCUUAAAAGAACAGGAAAGGGUUUCAGCUGUAGGGAAAAGUCAGCUGCUAGCCAUGUGGACUAUUAGAUUAUUCCACAGAUGGGCUGUAAUGACAGAACCAGGACACUCAAAAUCCACUAUACAUUGAAAGUGCAAUUCUUAAAUUCUUAAACUGGUUACUGUGUAAUAUCUGUAGGGGAAGAGGGCCCCCUAUGAAACUAUUUCAUACAGUGAGAAAGCAACAAUCUGCAAGGCAGGUCUGGAACAACAGGGGAUGAAGAAAGAUCUGCAGUCAUCACGAAGAGAACGCUUUUGAAUUAAGUUGGCCUACAACAAGAAAACACCAGGACUUGGCCAAAGUCAUAGGAGAAGCAGGUGAGAAAAUCCUCAUUAGAGUUUACUGAGGGUAGAAUUUCAAAAGUGGGCCGGAUUUUUGAGUGCCCAGCACACACAAUCGGGGCCAGAUUUUUAGCUGAGCUGAGAACCCAGUGUGCACACAACAUGCUGAGCUCUCCUGAAAAUCUGUCCAUGUAUUCUGGUGCCUAAAUAGCAGCUGAGCUUUUUUAAAAAUCUGGCCACAAUGUUGUGUGAUCAGAUCAUUUGAAAUUUGCUCCUACACACCCUAUCAUUGGAGGGUCUGAGUGACCUCAACGCCCAUUGCAGUCAAGAGGAACUGAAAGCUCUCAGCACUUUACAGGAGCUGUUCAGUACCUUGAAGGAUCAGGCUCUGACUGGGGCCUACUGUUCUUAUAUAGACUUUUCUCUAGGCAUGUUCCAUGGAGGAGUAAAACAAGGGCUAGAAUAAAACUCGUUCAGUGAUCAUAGAAUAUCAGAGUUGGAAGGGACCUCAGGAGGUCAUCUAGUCCAACCCCCUGCUCAAAGCAGGACCAAUCCCCAAAUCGUCCCCUCAAGGAUUGAACUCACAACUCUGGGUUUAGCAGACCAAUGCUCAAAGCACUGAGCGAUCCCUGCUCCAGUGAUUUUCAUGUGACGUGUUUCUUUUAAUGAUGAUUCCAAAACUGCAGUAGGGUCAGCUCAACACAAAAGCUAUUCCCAAGCUUAGAAGAAGAGGUUCCUUUACCGGUUCCCUCCAAUCCUUCGAAAGCUGAGCAAAAGACAGAAUUUCUGUCCAUGCGAAAAUUCUGAUAAUUCUACGUUUGUUGUCACCUUGAACCAGAACAAAAAGAUCCCUGGCUUUGAUCUUCCAUAAAGCUUAUGGGCAACCCUAAACCACCUCCACACAAACCAUGGCAGAUGCGGAUACUUGAUGCACAAAUGGAACAUUAAAAACUCUCUGGUGUGCGCCUGCGGUCACCCAGAACAGACCACACAACAUAUAACAACUCAAUCUCUGAUUCAGAAAUACAAAGGAGGCCUCACAGCGAAUACUCCGCCACUCUUGAUGCAAUUACUUGACAACCACCUAAAUGUAAAAUUAUAGUUGUUGCUCUAUAUGUACACAUCAGCCAUAUAAGAAGGACAAAAAUUUGAAAUACCAAAGUUUUUCACGGAGCAGAAAUUCCAAAAAAUUUUGAUCCAGAAAUGGUGAAACAGUCCAAGUCAACAUUUUCAAUAGAAAUGCAAUGUUCUGACAUUCCUGACUCAAACUGUUUCAUUAAAUUUUGUUGAUCUGCCUGGAAAUGCAUACUUUUAAAUCAGUUUAGUAUUAAACUGCAUUUUCUUACAGAGCCACAUUGCCGCACUGGAAUUCAGUUCAGGAGUCUGAUGCCCUUGUUCUCAACUAUGGACUAGGCAUCCUGGCUGGACUACAUUUCCCAUGAUACAACAGCAGUAAUGUGAGUCCCAUGACAGACUACUCAGCUUGGUCAGAGAGGAGACAGUGUUGCAUCAUGGGAAAUAUAGUCAGGCCAGGAAAGGUAGGGGGUGGAGGCAAGCUCUGAGUCCCAUGAGCCAACGUAGCAAAACAGGGAAAUGCAAUUUAAUGUUGAACCGACUCAAAAUGAAACAUUUCUGGUCAGUUUAAUAAAUAGAAAUAUACCAAUUUAGGAUGAACCAGCCCUAAGCUAAAUAUUUUGAUCUGGCUUCCAAAGGGAAGGAAAAAAAAUCAGAAAUUCAGGAAAAUUAAAAUUUUCCUACAAAAAAUAUUUUUUGCAGAAAUUGCAUUUCCUGUCAGAAAAUCAUUCUGACAGAAGAUUCCUGAUCAGACAUAAUUCCAUCCUGUCUAAUUUAAAACUAUACAGGGUUAAGUGCUUAAAUAUGCCCCAAGGAAUAAUUUUGUGUAAAUAAGGGUAGGAAGACCCAAUGGGGCUUUUCCUUCUUCCCUUUCUGGGCUCGACUGUAUCCAUUGCAGGAAGCUCAUAACUCCAUUGUCCCAGGAGCAAGGCAGGAACUGUGCUCAGAUGCUGAGAGUCACAGUCUGGUCCCUGCUUCUUCCUUGUGCCAUAGGAGAAAUGAGCUGUGCCACUCCUUUUGCUGCUGCAGCCUACUUUCUCUGAACUAGCUCCAGUGCACUGGCUGGUACCUUGGGAGGGGUGGAGCCAAAGCAGCCUGACCACUCCCUGCCUCUGCGUUCGCAGCCUGACCACUCCCUGCCCACCUGCAUGGAUGGGGGGAACAGCAGCCCAGUGGCAGCUACUUGCCCCACCGUGUAGGGACUAGCAAUUUGGGUGGCCUGUGCAGCAGAGUAAAGGGAUUUCUUACUCCCCCUGCAGAAGCUUGCAGUAGAACUCACGAGUGAGUCCUCCAUGAUAAUUUUACAGAUAUUAUCAUAUAAUCACUGACUGCAUCUUCUGACUGGCCUUCCGAGCCAGAAGUCACUGCCAAGUACUUCAUCCUGUAAUUUAACAGAGUGCUGCAAUUAGAAUAUACUGUGAAAAAAACGUCUUUUACUCUGGCACAAGUAUAGCAGACAAAUAUGUACAGAAAGCAAUAAUACACAGGGGCAAAAAUUUCUGUUUUAAAAUUACAUAUGGAUUUCCAGACCCGAGAAGUGUGUGUAUUUCACUGUAUCCACAUGCCUCAGAGUUUUUAUUGUACUUUUAUAAUCUUUUAAAAUUGUUAAAUAGAUGCUGUAAAUUAAACUUUGAAUACUU